AUGGACGAAACAGGUUUUAACAAUUGGAAAAAAGUUCAUUCAAAAGUAUCUGAACACGAAAAGAGUAUUUCCCAUUUAAAUGCAGUUCGCGAUUGGGUUGUGAGAUUUGAUAAACUUGGUAAAGGCACACUCGAUCAUACACUUAAAAUACAAGUUGAAUCAGAAUUACAAUAUUGGCGAUCUGUUUUCAAUAGAGUUGUAGCUGUUAUUAAGUGUUUGUCAUCAAGAGGACUCUCAUUUAGAGCGGAAAAUAAACUUUUUGGCUCUAAUCACAAUGGUAAUUUUUUAGGCGCAUUAGAACUUAUCGCUAAAUUUGAUCCGUUUUUAGCUAAAUAUAUCGAAACUCAUGGAAAUAAAGGACGUGGGCAUGUUUCGUAUUUAUCGUUAGCUAUCUAUGAUGAAUUUAUUUUGAUUAUGAGUAACGAAGUAAUUAAAAGAAUUGUUGAUGAAUUAAAAUUAUCCAAGCAUUAUUCAAUAAUCGUUGAUUCUACUCUGGAUGUAUCCAAAAUAGAUCAAUUAACUUUGAUUGUUCGGUAUAUUCUUCCAAAUGGUACGCUUAUUGAACGUUUUCUUUAA